GUCUGUGUCCUCUCCAUCUGGCUGUGCUCUCCAACAGUCUGGUGUGUGUGCGUGCUCUGCUGGAUGCGGGUGUGGAUGUGGAGCUCCAGGAGCUCUCCAGCGGCCGCACUGCCCUCCAUCUGGCCACUGAGCUGGGCAACCUGUCGCUGGCCGGCUGCCUGCUGCUGGAGGGUAAUGCAUAUGUGGACAGUGUGACCUAUAACGGCUCUACUGCUCUACACAUCGCUGCCGGACGGGGCUCUACUAAACUGAGCGCGCUCCUGAUGGCCGCAGGAGCAGAUCCUCAUAAGGAGAACUGCGAGCCGCUGUUCUUCAGAGAUGAAGAGGAGGAGGAUGAAGAUGAUGAAGGGUUUAUUCCUGGAUCCAGUCCUUUGAGCUUGGCUGUCUCUCCAGAGGUGUAUAAUAUUCUGAAUGGAGAAGAGUAUCAGCCCUCCACCAUUGUUGUUCCACCACAAGGAGACAUGCAGAGCUUGAGCUCGUCGGUGAAGCAGGACCUGUGCUCUGCUCUGGACGGUCCCGCGGGCGGCUGGGAGACUCUGGCUGAUGUUCUGGGUCUCGGGAUCCUCAACAGCGCCUUCAGACUGAGCUCCUGUCCUGCUGGCAAACUGCUGGACAGCUAUGAGGUGUCUGGAGGGACGGUGCUGGAGCUGCUGGAGGGUCUGAAGCGGGUGGGAAACUGCAGCGCUGUAACUUUACUCCAGAAUAGUGUGUGUGAAGAGCCCAAGUCUGUCCACAACACACCACCCAUCACAGGUGCGGGUGUGUGUAAAGCUCUGCAGGCUCUGGGUCCUGAGGAAAGCGGUGUUUGUGACAGCGGUGUGGAAACGUCCUUCUAGAGCCUCCAAACACACAAACUGAGGCCUGAUCAGCUCCACUACAGCAGCAGCAGCCGCCAAUCAACCACUCAGGACACGCCCCCACACGCUGUGAUUGGCCACGACACUCCUCAGCCACACCCACAAUGCAAAUGAGGGAACUGAGAGGCGAGAGAGUGGACUUUUUUUUAGCUUUUAAUAAGAAUAAUAUGAAAAAAGCUCUUAUUUUCUGUUCAGUUUUAUUGACAUGUUCUUGGUGAUUUUUGUUUAUUCGUGAUGUUCGGAGCCCAGAUGUUACGUCUGUACUACUCAAUAUUUCACGUUUCACACUCCACAGUUUUUACAUUUUCAGGUCUUUUUGCUUAAACGUCUUUAGUGGUCCUUAUUGUCUGAAGCGUCGAGCCUUUAAUACAGGUGAAGUCAGAAUCAUGUACGUUUUCUUUUUUAAAUGUUUCCCAAAUUAUGUUGAACAGAUUCAGGCAGUGUUCACAGUAUUUCCUCUAAUAUUUGUUCUGCUGGAGAAAGUCUUGUUUUAUUUCGGCUAGAAUAAAAGCAGUUCCUAAUGUUUUAAACCCAUUUUAAGCUCAAUAUUAUUACUGUGCGUUUACGCGGACAGUGGUGAGAGCGUCAAAGUCACCGGAAGUCAUUCAUUUUCAAUGGGAGCGUGCGUCUUCGCCGGUGUGGGCAUCGAGGAGAGUUGAAAUUAAGUCAACUUAUUGGUAAUGAGCUUUGAUGUGGUCAACGGCCACCAUUUGGGAGGAUUCCAGAGAACACAGUCCUGUGAACUUUGGUUAUCAACCAGCAGGCCAAGAGCGCUCCCUCACUGAAGCUAAGCAGGGCUGAGCCUGGACAGUGUCUGGAUGGGAGACCACAUGAGAAAACUAGGCUGCUGUUGGCAGUGAGGCCAGCAGGGGGCGCUUAACAUGCGGUCUGUGUGAUUUCUAAUGCCCCAGUAUAGUGAAGGGUCUUUCUGUUAAACUGAGGUCCUGAUUCUCUGUGCUUAUUAAUAACCCCAUGGCACUUCUGGUAAAACGUAGGGGAGUAACCACUGUGUCCUGGCCAAACCCCCUCCAUCAUGGCCUCCCAAUCAUCCCCAUCCACCAAAUUGGCUCCAUCACUGUCUCUCCACUCCACUUAUAGCUGGUGUGUGGUGAAGCACUGGCGCUGUUGUCCUGUGGCUGCUGUCGCAUCG